ACCAUCCCCUUCGACUACACCUCCGUCGACGAUUGAAUUCGCAUAUACAACACACACUAGAACAUCAACAGCACCACCUCACCGUUCCACAAUCAUGCAAAUCUUUGUCAAGACCCUUACUGGCAAGACCAUCACCCUCGAGGUUGAGUCCUCGGACACCAUUGACAAUGUCAAGGCAAAGAUUCAGGACAAGGAGGGUAUCCCCCCUGACCAGCAGAGGCUUAUCUUUGCCGGUAAGCAGCUAGAGGACGGCAGGACACUGUCCGACUACAACAUUCAGAAAGAGUCUACUCUCCACCUCGUGCUUCGUCUCCGUGGUGGUAUGCAGAUCUUCGUCAAGACUCUCACUGGCAAGACGAUCACUCUGGAGGUUGAGUCUUCUGAUACCAUCGAUAACGUGAAGGCUAAGAUCCAGGACAAGGAGGGCAUUCCCCCCGACCAGCAGAGGCUCAUCUUCGCCGGCAAGCAGCUUGAGGAUGGCAGGACUCUUUCAGACUACAACAUCCAGAAGGAGUCUACUUUGCAUCUCGUCCUGCGUCUUCGUGGUGGUAUGCAAAUCUUCGUGAAGACCCUGACCGGCAAGACCAUUACGCUGGAAGUGGAGUCUUCGGACACCAUCGACAAUGUCAAGGCUAAGAUCCAGGAUAAGGAGGGUAUCCCACCCGACCAGCAACGAUUGAUCUUCGCCGGAAAGCAGCUUGAAGAUGGACGCACCUUGUCGGACUACAACAUCCAGAAGGAGAGCACUCUGCAUCUCGUUCUCCGUCUGCGAGGUGGUAUGCAGAUCUUCGUGAAGACCCUGACUGGAAAGACCAUUACUCUUGAGGUUGAGUCGUCCGACACUAUCGACAACGUCAAGGCCAAGAUUCAAGACAAGGAAGGUAUUCCACCUGACCAGCAGCGAUUGAUCUUUGCUGGUAAGCAGCUCGAGGACGGUCGAACUCUCUCCGACUACAAUAUUCAGAAAGAGUCGACUCUUCACCUCGUUCUCCGACUGCGUGGUGGUCAGCUCUGAGCGUUUCGGUCGCCGACUGUACCACUCCUUUGUCACCGAAGAAAUUGGGCGGAAGCUGCGAUGGGACGAGCUAUUGACGAGCUCGUCUGAGACUGUCUCCGUUGUUCUCUGAACCCAAUUCUAUUAUUACCUUUCAUCUACGUUAUACAUUGUGAUUCGCGUGCAUUGGCGAAGAAGUGAGACCGAAGCAAUGCUUCCUGAGAGCCAUUUGAGCCCCCACCUACCCCCUGCGUGUCCUCUCUGUCCUUCCCUGCUUCAGUCCUGCGCCUUAUCCUGCUUUGCUCUUCUGACUCUCGAUGAAUUCCUGGAUGACUC